AUGUCGACCGCGGUCCUCCCGCAGAAGCGGGUGCUGAUCGAGUCCAAGAUCGGGCCAAACAUCCCGCCCACAACACCGUCAUCCGCCAAGAAGCGUAAGAUGGACGUCUUCUCGUCAUCACCAGCGGUGUUCUCCGCGUCGCAAAAGGACCCGCGCUCGAGGCUGCUCGGCUCCAGCCAGCCCAAAAGCGUGUUCGAGUCCGAGGUUCUCGAGAAGCUCAGCCAGGACAUUUCCGAGCGCAAACAGAACAACACAGAAAAGGACCAGGCCUGGGACCGGCCACCGGUCGAGGCCCUCGACACCAGCCGGGACAGCAUAUGCUUCCAGUCCAUCGAUGCCGAGGAGGGCACGCUGCACGGCGGCCGCACGACGGUCAAGCUGUUUGGCGUCACGGAGCAGGGCCACUCGGUCAUGCUGCACGUCACCGACUUUCGGCACUACCUGUACGUGCCGGCGCCGACGUCGUUUCAGCCCAAGGACUGCAGCGCGUACAAGGCGUUCCUGGAGCAGCAGAUCGCCCAGCACCAGCCGGCCAUCCACUCGGUGGUGCUGCGCCUGCGCGAGGACAUGUUUGGCUUCAACGGCAACGUCCAGAGUCCAUUCCUGCAGGUCACCGUCAACGACCCCAAGUUCAUCAACAGCGUCCGAUCGACCAUCGAGUCCGGCAACGCCAACUGGAAGGGCAUGUGGGGCAGCGGCGACGGCGGCAUCAUGACCUACGACAACAUCCAGUACGUCCUCCGCUUCAUGGUCGACUGCAAGAUCCAGGGCAUGGCCUGGGUCGAGGUGCCCGCGAACACGUACAAGCUCAUCCCUGAGCACGCCAGGCAAUCCAACUGCCAGAUCGAGGCCGAAAUUAACUACCACGAUCUCGUCGCACACAAGCCAGAAGGCGACUGGGCCAAGAUGGCACCACUGCGAAUUUUGUCGUUUGAUAUCGAGUGCGCUGGCCGCAAAGGUAUCUUUCCGGAGCCUGAACACGACCCUGUCAUUCAAAUCGCCAACGUUGUCACCCGCUACGGUGAGAAAAAACCGUUCAUCAGAAACGUCUUCUGUCUCGACACAACAAGUUCCAUCGUCGCCACGCAAGUACUCGAAUUCGAAAAGGAAGCAAAGAUGCUCAGUGAGUGGCAGCAGUUUCUCAUCAAGGUCGAUCCCGAUAUCAUCAUUGGCUACAACAUUGCCAACUUCGAUUUCCCAUACCUCAUCAACAGAGCCAGAAACCUAAAGUGUGCUGGCUUCGAGUACUGGACUCGAUUACCCAGCAUCCCAUCCAGAGUCAAGGAUACCAGCUUUUCCAGUAAACAGAUUGGUAACCGCGAUACCAAAUCGACAAAUACCAACGGCCGUUUGCAACUCGACUUGCUUCAGCUGAUCCAACGUGACCACCAGCUACGAAGUUACACACUGAACUCCGUCUGCGCUCAAUUCCUUGGCGAACAAAAAGAAGAUGUGCACCAUACCAUGAUUACGGAACUGUUCAACGGUACACCCGAGUCCCGUCGACGACUCGCGAUUUAUUGUUUAAAGGAUGCAUACCUUCCUCAACGGUUGAUGGACAAGCUUUCGUGCCUAGAAAACUAUACGGAAAUGGCUCGUGUCACAGGUGUCCCGUUCAACUUUUUGCUUUCACGUGGCCAGCAAAUCAAGUUCGUCAGUCAGCUGUUCCGUAAAGCUCUGGAGCAGAAGUUGGUCAUUCCAAAUAUGAAGGGCGAUCCCUCCGAUGACCAGUACGAAGGUGCGACGGUCAUCGAACCCACGCGUGGCUACUAUGAUGUGCCGAUUGCAACACUCGAUUUUGCUUCACUAUACCCCAGUAUCAUGCAAGCGCACAACCUCUGCUACACAACCCUCAUCACGCGAAAGGAUAGAAUAGCGCAGUUCAACCUGGUCAAGGAUGAGGACUACAUUGUCACCCCGAAUGGCGACAUGUUCGUGACGACGAAGCAGCGCAAGGGUCUGCUGGCUCAGAUUCUAGAAGAACUUCUCUCCGCCAGAAAGCAGGCGAAGCGCGAGCUGGCCGUCGAGACGGACCCGUUCAAGAAGGCUGUGCUGAACGGUCGUCAGUUGGCUCUGAAGAUUUCGGCCAACUCAGUUUACGGUCUUACCGGUGCUACAACCGGAAAGCUGCCAUGUUUGGCAAUUGCCAGUUCCACAACAAGUUUCGGUCGCCAAAUGAUUGAAAAGACCAAGGACGAGGUGGAGAAGAACUACUGCAUCGCCAAUGGAUACUCACACGAUGCGCAAGUCAUCUACGGUGAUACCGAUUCCGUCAUGGUCAAAUUCGGCACCAAGGAGCUGGCCGAGGCGAUGAAACUGGGUGAGGAAGCGGCUACGUUUGUGUCGUCGAAAUUCAUCAAGCCGAUCAAGCUUGAAUUCGAAAAGGUCUACUUCCCAUACUUGCUGAUCAACAAGAAGCGUUAUGCUGGUCUGUACUGGACCAAGACGGAAAAAUACGACAAGAUGGACACGAAGGGUCUUGAGACGGUACGAAGAGACAACUGCCUGCUAGCGCAAACAGUGAUCGAGAAGGUGCUGCGGAUGAUUCUCAUCAAUCGUGACGUGCAAGGCGCUCAGGACUACGUCAAGGACACGAUUGCGGACCUGCUUCAGAACAAGGUGGACAUGUCGAAGCUGGUGAUUACCAAGGCUCUGACGAAAGAAGACUACUCGGCCAAGCAAGCGCACGUGGAGCUGGCGGCGCGGAUGAAGAAGCGUGAUGCGGGCUCGGCGCCUUCACUGGGAGACCGCGUGGCGUAUGUCAUGAUCCGAGGCGCGGCGGGGGCCAAGAACUUUGAGAAGUCGGAGGACCCCAUCUACGUGCUCGAGAACAACGUGCCGAUCGACACCAAGUACUACCUGGACAACCAGCUGGCGAAGCCGCUGACGCGCAUCUUCGAGCCGAUCCUGGGCGAGACCAAGGCGCGGUCGCUGCUGACGGGCGACCACACGCGGACAAUCUCGGUGGCGGCGCCGACGGUGGGCGGGCUGAUGAAGUUCGCCAAGAAGACGCAGACGUGCAUGGGGUGCAAGCGGCCGCUGGGCGGCAAGGAGAGCCAGGGCGCGGUGUGCGGCGACUGCGCGCCGCGGGUGGGCGAGCUGUACAAGCGGACGCUGGACCGCAUGUCGGACCUCGAGGUGCGGUUCGGGCGGCUGUGGACGCAGUGCCAGCGCUGCCAGGGCAGCAUGCACUGCGAGGUCAUCUGCAGCAGCAAGGACUGCCCGAUCUUUUACAUGCGGAUGAAGGCGAAGAAGGACCUGGAGGACGCGGGCAAGGAGCUGUCGCGGUUCGACGCCGACCAGGCUGCCAUUUGGUAG